CUGAGAAAAACACAGGGCCCUGCGAAUGCAAUGAAGAGACAAAAUGCCAGCUCUGUGGUUGAGUUCAUCCUCUUGGGCUUUUCUAACUUUCCUGAACUCCAAGGGAAGAUAUUUGGGGUUUUCUUGGUUACCUAUCUGGUGACCCUCGUGGGCAAUGCUGUCAUUCUCACGAUCAUCUUCCUGGACCAGAGCCUCCACACCCCCAUGUACCUGUUCCUGCAGCACCUGUCUGUGGUGGAAGCGAGCUUCAGCACCUCCAUCAUGCCCGAGAUGCUGCUGGUCCUGUCCACCAAGAAAGCCACCAUUUCCUUUGGGGGCUGUUUUGCCCAGAUGUAUUCCAUUCUUCUCUUUGGUGGGACUGAGUGUUUUCUCCUGGGGGCAAUGGCUUAUGACAGAUUCACUGCAAUCUGCCACCCCCUCACCUACCCGCUGAUUAUGAACAGAAGAGUUUUAAUGAAAUUAGUGGGGUUCUCAUGGACCUCAGGGGUCGUGAUGAGUACUCUGCAAACGACCUGGGUGUUCAGUUUUCCCUUUUGUGGCCCCAACGAAGUUGAUCAUCUCUUCUGUGAGACUCCCCCAGUGCUGGAGCUGGCAUGUGCAGACACCUUCCUGUUUGAGAUCUAUGCCUUCACAGGCACCCUUCUGAUUGUCAUGGUUCCCUUCUUGCUGAUUCUCUUGUCUUACAUUCGAAUCCUCUGUGCCAUCUUGAAGAUGCCAGCCACUAUGGGGAGGCAAAAGGCCUUUUCCACGUGUGCCUCUCAUCUCACUUCUGUCACCCUCUUCUACGGCACAGCUUGUGUGACUUAUCUGCAGCCCAAGUCCAGGUACUCACCAGACACCAAGAAACUGAUGUCAUUGGCUUACUCUCUGCUCACACCUCUGCUGAACCCACUGAUCUACAGCCUUCGAAACAAUGAGAUGAAGAUGGCGGCAGCUAAAUUAUGGCAAAGACACGUAGCUGCACACAUCCCCUGA